UGUACAUCUGUGUCUGUCUGAUAAUUUUAUUUAUUUUAUUGUGAAGAGGUUCUCAAUUACUUUUUAACUCGGUGUUUUUUCUGUUUUUUCAAGUUUUACUAUAUGUUACAAAGAAAUUUGCAUAACUAGAUUAGAAUAAAUAUUAAUUAAUACAAUUUUACUUGAAGAAAUAUCAAACGAUGCAUUUCUUUUCAAGUGGAUCUGUUCUUAUGGUAUCGGGCUUUUUCAUUGCAUGCGUUGUCGUUUUGAAUAGUAUCGCCGACGGAAUCAAAUUUGUUGAAUACAAAACGGGUUUUAAUCCAAAUUUGAAUUUGUAUAUAUUGCAAGCAACAAGCGGUAUAAGCAGAAUUACAUGUGGAGCUUUAUGUGACGAAAAGGAAUGCAAGUCAUUCAUUUACGACGAGUCGGCAAAUCAAUGCACGGUGUACAGCGUAUUCAUGACUGAUGACAUUGCUGUGGCGAUUGGUAGAUACUACAUAAGAUCAGAUGAAGUGAAAGAUACGUGCAGCAACGAACCUUUGUUGAACACAGGUCCAAACAUUGCUCUUCACAAACCGGUAACAUUGAGCUCUGAAUUUGAUGGAAGUCAGCCAUCUCCUGGGAAUUUAAUGGUGGAUGGAAGUCGUAGUGGUAUAUUUCCAUGUGCUCACACAGUGCGUGAAACAGAUCCCUACGCCAUAGUUGAUCUGCUUCAGACGUUUCAGAUCAGUUCCAUGUAUAUUGUCAACCGUUCAGACUGCUGUGGUGAGCGACUGCGACAACUCGUUAUUAAGGUAGGCGACAAUUUGACCAGACUUAAACCAGUGUUUAACCAUACUGCCGUUAUUGGUGCAACCUGCACGAUCUUAUUUGAUGAACAACACCAAGGACGUUACGUCAAGUUGUAUAUUGAAGGACUUAGUUCUCUGGCGGUGUGUGAACUAGAAGUCUACAGUAGCGGAUAAAUUAUCAACAAGCAAUUUGACCUAUGUGUUACUUGGAUAUCUUAACAUAUAUGAUAUAAUUGCUAUAUUAAUAAUUGAACUAUAAGUCUACAUUGGCAGAUAAAUGCUCAAUAAGCAACCUGACCUCUGUGUUACUUAGAUAUCUUUACAUAUAUGAUAUAAUUGCUUUAUUAUUUGAACUAUAAGUCUACAGUAGCGGAUAAAUGCUCAAUAAGCAACCUGACCUGAGUGUUACUUGGAUAUCUAAACAUAUAUUAUGUACUUGCUAUAUUAUUUGAACUUUAAGUCUACAGUGGCGGAUAAAUGCUCAACAAGCAAUCUGACCUAUGUGUUACUUUGAUAUCUUAAACAUAUAUAUGAUAUACUUGCUAAAUUAUUUGAACUAUAAGUCAACAGUGGCGGAUAAAUGCUCAACAAGCAAUCUGACCUAUGUGUUACUUGGAUAUCUUAAACAUAUAAAUGAUAUACUUGCUAAAUUAAUUGAGA